AUGACGGCAUCUGGGAAGCCCCUUGUGGUCAUUGACGAGAGUCAUAAUGCCGGCAUUGUGAUCGUUGUUGGGACUUUGGCCCUGAUAAUGACAUUGAUUUGCUUGCUUAUCCGCGUGUAUGUCAGAACAAUACUGAGUCCGGGGUUUGGACGAGAUGACUAUCUAUUAUUUGUUGCCACGGCUUUCGCUAUUAUUCAAACCUCACUCGUCAUGUCAAACUCUGCCAAGGGAUUCGGAACAUCCAUCCGGCUUCUUUCUUCAGAUCAGGUCGUGAAGGUUCAGCGGACAACAGCUGCUACAGAUACUUUGUUCUUGAUCACCGUCUUUUUCUCCAAGUGCUGUGUGCUUGGGAUGCUCUCACGGUUGACUCCCCAACGCAUCCAUCAUUUCAUCCUUUACGGGGUGCUGGGAUUAAGCAUCUGUUGGGUUCUGUCUUCAGUUCUGAUCAUCCUUGUGAACUGCGAAUUGAACAGACCAUGGGCAAGACCCAUUGACCACUGUACUGGAUUGUUCCAAAAAUGGGAAUACAUCGGUGUAAUGGACAGCAUCAUUGAGAUCAUGCUCUUCCUCUUCUCGAUCCUUCUCGUCAAAAGCCUGCAAAUGCCAACAACUCGAAAACUCGUCGUUCUUUCCUCUUUCGCUGUUCGUUUACCUCUCCUCAUGGGCAUGAAUUACGCCCUCAUCGUGUGCACCUCCUUCUGCCUCGCCCCGUUCAUGCGCGCCAUCAGCGUCACCUAUGGCAACGCAGGGGAAGUCACCCUUGGCACCAGCAGCGCUAGAUCCAAGUCGGGCAAAUAUGCUCGUGAUGUAUCGAAGCAGUCCCAGAGCUACGUUUUGCAGUCGAUGGAUAGCCACACAGAAGCUGGAAAUGGAAUGAGCAACCCGCGACAUUCCCAACCUACAUUUGUGCCCGAGCAUUACGUUGGCAUGCUCAGCACUACUGCAUACGAUGGCAGUAGUCGAAUGGACGGGGAUAGCGUGGCUAGUUCGGAGAGCACGAAGAUGAUUAUUAAGAAGGAUGUUGAGUAUACUGUUACUCAUGAGCCGAGAUAA